UCUGAACUGCAAAGAUGUCUGGACGUGGAAAAGGAGGCAAAGGUCUGGGAAAGGGAGGUGCUAAGCGCCAUCGCAAGGUUCUUCGUGAUAACAUCCAGGGAAUCACCAAACCCGCUAUCCGCCGCCUGGCUCGCCGUGGUGGCGUGAAGCGUAUUUCUGGUCUCAUCUACGAGGAGACUCGUGGUGUGCUGAAGGUUUUCCUGGAGAAUGUGAUCCGUGAUGCUGUCACCUACACCGAGCACGCCAAGAGAAAGACCGUCACCGCCAUGGAUGUGGUCUACGCUCUGAAACGCCAAGGCCGCACUCUGUACGGUUUUGGAGGUUGAAUUUGCAUCCAUCAGAAAUUUACACCAAAGGCUCUUUUAAGAGCCACCCACAUUUCCCUGAAAAGGGCUUGAUUCCAUACGAUGUAUGUUUUUAAAAGCUCCUUUCAGACACCCUAGGUUGGUUUUUAUACUUAUCGCUGUAGACAAUAUCAACAUGUAGGUUCAUUGCGGGAGCGGAAAAGGGCAAGGCAUUCAAUAUACUGAACUGUUACCUGUGGGUUUAUG